AUGUCACAACCUAAUGAUUUAACAGUUCCUGAGAAGACUACUCUUCAAGAAACUGAACAAGUACCAUCUGCAACUACUGAUUCACAUAAUGACUAUACUAGCACGAAUGAUGAAGAUGAUAUAUUUGAACUAACACAUACCAAAGAAAACGUUUUCCAAAUGGCUAAAAAGAAUCCAUUAAUGUUUAUUAUUGUUGUAUUUGCUACAUUGGCUGGGUUUCUUUUUGGUUAUGAUCAAGGUGUUGCUGGUCCUUUAGUUACAGGUCAAGCUUUUGGUGCUAGAUUUCCAAGAAUCUUCAAUGAUAGUGAAUAUAAAGGUUGGUUCGUUUCAACUUUAUUGAUUUCAGCUUGGUUAGGUGCUAUUGUUUGUGCUCCAAUGGUUGAUAGAUUUGGUAGAAGAGAUUCUAUUAUUAUUUCAUCAACUAUAUUUAUUAUUGGAUCCGUGUUCCAAUGUGCUGGUAUUUCAGUUUCAAUGUUAUUUGGUGGUAGAGCUGUUACAGGGUUUGGUGUUGGUAUAUUAACAAUGUUGGGUCCUUUAUAUAUUAGUGAAUUAUCAGUUCCUUCUGCAAGAGGUAGUUUAGUUUCUUUACAACAAUUAAGUAUCACAUUUGGUAUCUUAGUUGCUUAUUGGGUUAAUUAUGGUUCGAAUUACAUUGGUGGUACAAGAUGUUCACCAAAUACACCAUAUGCUGAUGGAGAAUCAUUUAAUCCUUAUACAGAUGUUCCACAAGGUGGUUGUGAUGGACAACGUGAUUCUGCUUGGAGAUUCCCAUUUGGUCUUCAAAUCUUACCAGCUGCAAUUUUAGCAAUUGGUAUGUUUUUCUUACCAAGAUCACCACGUUGGUUAAUGAUUAAAGGUCGUGAAGAAGAAUCUUUAAAUACAUUAGCUUAUUUACGCCGUCUUCCAACAGAUGAUAAAAGAGUUCAAGCUGAAUUUUUGGAAAUUAAAGGUGAAGUUCUAUUUGAAAAGACUUUCAAAAAGCAAAAAUUUGGUAAUAGUAAAGGUGUUGCUUUAGCUUUCAAAGAAUAUAAAAACUUAUUCAACAAUAAGGCAAAUUUUAGAAGAGUUUUCAUUGGUUCUGCAAUUAUGUUUGAACAACAAUUUAUUGGUUGUAAUGCAAUCAUUUAUUAUUCUGUUUCAAUUUUCUCAAUGUUAGGUCUAAGUGGUGAUACUGCAUCUUUAUUAGCAUCAGGUGUCUAUGGUAUUGUCAAUUUUGUAUCAACAAUUCCAGCUGUGUUAUUCUUGGAUAAAUUUGGUCGUAAGAAAAUGUUACAAGCAGGUUCAAUUGGCACUUUCAUUUCAUUAAUCAUUGUUGGUAGUAUUAUUGGUAAAUAUGAUGGUAAAUUAGAUCAAAAUAAAGCAGCUGGAUGGACUGCUAUUGCAUUUGUUUAUAUCUAUGAUAUUAAUUUCAGUUAUUCAUGGGCACCAAUUGGUUGGGUUUAUCCAUCAGAAAUUUUCCCAUUAGCUAUUCGUUCUAAAGCCAUUUCAAUAACAACAUCUUCAACAUGGAUGAAUAAUUUUAUUAUUGGAUUAAUCACACCUAUAAUGUUGGAUACUAUGAAAUUUGGUACUUUCAUCUUCUUUGCAGCUUUUGCAUUUAUUGGAUUUCUCUUUGUUUGGUUCCUUGUUCCGGAAACAAUGAAUAGAACUUUAGAAGAAAUGGAUGAAGUGUUUGGUGAUCUUGAUGCAUUUGAAAAUAAACGUCAAUUAGCAAAGAUUCAAGAAAGUUUGAGUAAAAACCCUGGUGGUGAGAUUGAUAUUGAUUCAAAACAAAAUUUUGAACACCUUGAGGAUAGUAAAGUCUAG